GUGGGGCAUUUACAAAACCACAUAUUAAUUUCCUCUUCAUGGCUCCACGGCACAUUGUUCAAAAUUAAACAAUCAAAUGAGCCUUUUCGGCUCAAUGAAUGCAACUAUCAUAAUAAUUAUAAUUGUUAUUCCGACAUUAGUCACACAUCGGCAGGUAAUUAUGUGGAAUAUUUGGUAGAAGCAGUGCAGUUAGUCAUUAAUUCCAGUCUGAUUGCAUUAUUAGUGGAGCCUUGUCGGCGUUUGCGGAUCGAGAUGAAGCCACAGGUUUACGGAGUGUGCACAUUACUCCUUUUGUGUAUCCUUCCUAAUUGGAAUUUGCUAACGGAGGCAAAGAACAACUAUGAUCUACUGACGGAAAACUUCACAUGCAGCACCCAGGAUGUGGACUCUCAGAUUAUUAAAGAUCUCAAUUGCGGUUUGAACAAAAACGCCAAACGCCGUACCUGGCACUUGGAGUUUACGCUGAAAAAGCAUGUCAAAGAGCACGAUUUUCUAAUGAGAAUCGUUCUGCCACGUCAAAGGCCUUUGACCGACUUUGUUCUCAUCGAUCUGACCACCGAUGGCUGCCAGUUGCUGGCCAAUCGCAAUCAGGUGCCUCUCAUGCGACUCGGCCGGAACAUCAUGGACCGUUUCAGCAACUUUCCCAAACAGUGUCCUUUCAGGGCAAAUUAUUCGUACUACAUUCGAGGCUUCCGCAUGGAUUUGAAUCUUUUACCAGCCGUAGAUAUGGAAACGGCAGUUAAUGUUGAGUUCAGUUAUCAGAGCAAACAGCAGGGGAUCAAAUGGAUAACUGGGUACAUGGGGGCACGUGUUCAGCGUAUUCCGGAAAAAAAGUCCAAAGGUUGAGGUUUAAAUUCGCGGAAAAACGAGUCACCAUGACAAUUUUCUGUUCAUAAAUAAAAAAAAGGAACCGUGCCUUGCAUGGUUACCAUGAAGGGUUUAUUGACAUUCUACUUUUAAAAAUAUUCCAUUUCCUUUCAAGCAUUUCUAAAAAAUCAAAGAUUUCUUCAAGUUGCCAAAAGUGUUGUCAGAAAAUAAAGGUAACCCAUUCAAGGAUACAAUAAAUUAAUGUGCGUAUGACAAAUCAGGCGAGGUAAGCAUAUGGCCGUGGAGUUAAUAUUGCAGAAAAUCACCUGCCACCUGUUCCCGAGACUCUGUCUCUGUCUAAGAGCCUUUCUUUGUCGCGAUGGCCUUCCCUUUUUCUCCAUGACAGUUGAACCAGAUGAUGUUGCUCUA